UGCGCCCGUCUGCCAUUCAUACUCGCAGUCUGCCAGGCGUCUGAACCCUCCGUCUUGGUGUCCCUUAGUUACCCGAACCUCAACUUCGAGGAAGUGCUACUCUACGAGUCCCAAGGAGUUCUCGAGGAAUAACCGUAAAAGAAGAAAAUCAAAAAACCUUCACUUCCUUUAAAAGAACUCUUGCACCGCUCUCCGCAGCCAGCAUGAAGACCUGGAUCCUCCUCUGCCUGCUGGGCUUGGCCUCCGUCGCCCUCGCCAGCCCCGCCAAGCUCCCCGCCGCCCAGCCUGAGGACAGCUACGAGGAGGAACCCAAGAGACCCUACAGCUUCUCGUGGGAGGCGUCGAGGCACUACCACGGGGCGCCAGACAGGGAGCAUCAGGAGGAACGCGGCGAGGAUGGCAUCACGAGAGGCGUGUUUAGAUACGUAGACCCCCGUCAGAAGGUGCAGGAGGUCGUCUACUACUCCGACGACAACGGCUUCCACGUCGACGCCUCCAACCUCCCCCAGGACACCCAGGCCGUUCAGGACGCCCGAUUCCGCUUCGCCGAGAACUUCGAGAGGAUUCGCCAACAGCACGCCCAGAUCGCAGCCGAGAGGGGCGUCGACGAGUUCCCUCAGGAGCCGGAGACUUACGAGCAAGUGGACAUCCGGGACUUCAUCAACAACGUGCAGCAGAUCCCCCACACUCCCAGGGAGUCAACGGCUGUCCAGAAUCUUCGCUCUCGCUUCGCUGAGAACUUCGAGAAGAUUCGCCAAGAACACAGCCAGCUCGCAGCACAACUCGAGGCCCAGCGUGCUCAGCAGCCGCAGGAAUACCAGUAAAUGACGGCGAUCGAAAGCGUAGGAUGGUGGACCGUGAAAGAAAACGGAGGAUGGUGGACAGUGAAAGAAAACGGAGGAUGGUGGACAAGAAAACGGAAAAUUAAGUUUUUUCGAGGGAGGACUUUGUUUUUCUUACCAUCUCACCUAAGAUGAAGGUGAGAUGGUAAGGGAAGAUAGGAGAUGGUGAUGGUGAAAAAAAGAAGAAUAAUGGUGAUGGUGGAGAAGAAAGUGAAGAAGAAAAAAAGAGAGAAAAUGGUCGUUUAUUCGAAUAUAGACUCUAAUGACCUCGGUAUAAGAUGGAUCUUUUCUGAUUGGAUUUUCCCACUUGUUUUAAAAGGAAAAAGGAAAAAAAAAAUCUGGUGAUGGGUUAUUUCAUCUGGGUUAAUUAAUGUAUUAUCAUUACCACUUUGCUUCAUCGACAAUAACCACCGACUCAUUACAACUCUUCGAAUCACAGAAAUGUUAUCAUGUCUAAUCAGAAUUAAACAAUAUUUCUUUUUAAGACACUUACACACACACUAUAUGUCGGAUCAAUUUUGUCUCAGUGUCUGCAUUAUUUAUUCUAUAAAACUGUCCUUUGUAAAUCAUAACAGAAUGUCACUACUUUUGUGUUGCAAUUCUAAAUAUUAUAAUUAUUCUAUUCUUCGUAAUAUAGUGCCAAACACUUUGAAUAUUCACCAUAAACUCACACUAUACUGUCUUGGUGGUUCGUAUUGUUCCUGUUAUGUUGCAUAUCACUGCAUUCUCAUAUUGCAGAAAAUCUUAUCAUGGCUUGCCAUCGAAAUGACAUUUCCUAAAAGCUCAAAUAAAGUUACGAAAUUC